UAAUCAGAUGAUGUGAUUAUGAUCACAUGAGAUUAGUAAGCAAAUCAUUAAGAGCGAAAGUGUUUUAAUUACAAGUUAUGCCUCCAACUGAUUCCAGUUAAUGAAUAAUCGUUUAUAGUUAAUCAUUAUGAUCGCUGGUUAAUUGUCCGCUUGGACAUUGUAGUCCUAAUUGUCUCCCUCUCUCCCUCUCUAUCUCUAUGUGUGUGUCUUCAUCUUUAUCUCUUCAUCUCUUAAUCUCUUUCACUCUCUCUCCCUCUGUGUCUCUCUCAUUCUUUGUCUCUCUCUCUCUCUCUCUCUCUCUCUCUGUCCUUUUAUCAAAUUACUAAUUUAACAGAAUAGCAACUUGAUUUUAGUGUUAACUAUUUAAUCAUCUAGAAAAGACAAGGUGUCAUCAUCCUCAUCAUCUAAAGUCUAAUCAUCAGGUUUUCACUUUCAUGGUGAAUUAAUCGAUCACCAAUCAUCUUCAUCUCAUCAUUUUUCUUCAUCUUUUCUUAUUUGUUACUCUUUGUUUUCUUUUUGGCUCAAUGGAAACGAGAUAUUAUGAUCACAAAAUGAUGAUGGAUAUGAAAUCGUCCCGGCGAUCGCUUUCUGACAUUUUAGCGUCAGCUGACAACGAACCAUUUAGACCUUUCUAUUUACCGGUUAAUAGGUAUUAUAAUUGUUACUGUGAUAGUUGUUCAAUGGACAAAGGUUACGAUAAGUUCAUCAAUUCAUCUGAUCGUGUUCCUGAUUCACCGUUUAUGUUUCAACUUAGUUCAUCAACAUUAUUAUCUCAAGCUUCAUCUCCCUCACCAAUGGAUCAAGUUUUACCUGUGAAGGUUGAUAAUUUUGACCAACUUGAUGACCAUUAUUUUGAAAAUUGUGGCUUGUUUAAUGAUUUUACUCUUGAAUCAGAGUUUAUUGUCGAUGGUGGUGAUGAGAAUGAAAUCAACGAAAAUGUCAAAGAAAAUAUAUCCGUUGAAAGUUUACUUCUAAAUGGUUUAACCUGUUCUCAAUUGUCAAAGGAUGGAGGUGAUUCCUUGAUUCGUUCACAAUCUUUAUCUCAAUCCCAGAGAUCUCAAAAUUCACUGCAAAAAUCUCAAGAAAAUUCAAAUGUUCUUCAGGUAAAAUCUUUGGACAAUUCAAUUCUAUCCAGUAGCUAUGAAAACUAUUCACAGCCUUUGGUCAUCGCUUCUCAAAGUUCCUAUCAUGGGCCAUCUUCAUUUUACAAUUCAUCAUCAAAUUAUACAUCUAAUUUGACACAAUCGGAUUCACAACUUUCCCAACAAAGUCAAGAAGGUAAUUGUUGCCGAAAACAUAAAAAGUAUUUUGAAAAAUUGGCCAAUAAACCAGAGAAACGGAUUGACCCUGAUUUCGCUCUUGAUGUUGAUUCUUUAUACACAUCAACUCAUAAUGGUUACCUGAAGCCUCCGUUCUCACAUAAUAUGUUAUGUGCCUUAGCGAUUUACAGUGAGCCCACCCGACAACAAGAAGUUUCCGGUGUCUACAAGUUCCUCAUGGAAUGUUUUCCAUAUUUUCAAGAUGCUGGUCAACAUUGGAAAAACUCAUUGAGACACAGUUUAGCUACUUGUGAUUGGUUUGAAAAAUCUGAUCAUCCGAGAACCGCCAAGAAAGGUUACAAAUACACCGUUGCCGCGAAUCGGAUGAAUUGCUUGAAAUGUGAGAUAAAGAAACAAUGUAUCACCGAUAUAACCAAACUUCAUUAUCGACUCUCAGGACUCUAUGUUUGUGAUUACCUGAUUAACAUGGGACUUUUGGCUUUGAAUCAACAUAAAAUGGCUGAACUUCAACAGGCAAUCAGACUUAAUGAUAACUAUCAUUUAUCAUCAUCAAAUGAAAAUUAACUGGUGACAAUUAUCACACACAAAAUUUAUCUCUUUUACCAUCGAAUAUAUUUUUUAUUAUAAUCGCAACAAUCAUAUCUCACCAUCGUCAUCAUCAUACAAAAGUCGGAAUAAUUUCCUAUAUAACUCACCUAUUUCUCUCUCUCUCUCUCAUCAAAUAUUAUCAACACAAAUCUAUUCUUUUUUUCUAGAUUAUCCUCUAUUCUAGAGAAAUCAAAUUUACUUUUUUUCUAAUCACUCAACCCCAAAGAUCCAUCACCAAUCUCAUAUAUGCAUAUACGACUGGAAACGCUAUACAGUAGCUUGUGUUUUUUAAGCCAACAGUUAAUCCCUUUUUGUUAAUCUUUUGUUUUCUUCCAAAAUAAUUAUUUCCCUUUGUUGCAAUUAAUCAUUUCCACUGCUGAAGAAAAAAAAACCAAUAUAUUUCAUCAACUGA